CACGUAUGUAUGUACAUAGCUUGUGGUUUAUGCAGGCUUUAUUAUGCACCGACUUGACACCAACCAGCAUAUCUCAUCGCUCUCCAGACUUGAGGGGUCCGAAACACCUGAUACAAUGUGACUCAAGUCAGGUCUGAGCCUGGUUGAGAUAGGCAAAGGAGAGAGAGCGGAGAACGCCAAACUGUCGCGUCGAGGGGCAAAUGAGCGCGUAUCAAUUUAUCCUAACCCCUGGCGCGUUCAGCUUUUGAGAUUGAUUCCAACCACCCAAUUGAAACAAUUGACUUGGGGGCCAUUUUUGCGACCAGCCAGACGGACGCCAUCGUAGCCGCGCAACCACCCUAACUUCGAACACUCUUUUGCACCCAAGUCAACAAACACCACAGACACACUCUGAGCACCACUUACGGACAAGCAGAAGAAGAAACUGGCCCACAAUGGCGCUUCUUCAGUAUCGAAACGUUGUUGAUUACGAGGCACAACAGGCUGCCUUUGAGGACUUCCUCGCAGGGUUCAAGAGUUCUCCGCAAGACACCAUCACGCAUGCGAUCGGCCAGAUUAGCAUCGGCGACGAUGAUCUGAGCGAUGAAGAGUACGACUUUAUGGACGACGACAGCAAUGCCCGACAACAGCGCCGAGGACAAAAGCCUGCACCGGAUGCCCCCAAGCACAAAUAUGGCGAGCUCAUGCAGAAACUGGCAGAUCGUUCGGCAGACGAGGUCUUGAUAGAGCUGGAUGAUAUCGUGUCGUGGGAAGCGGAUAAUGAGGAGGCGCGAGCACUGAAGCUCGUCGAAUCUAUCGAGUCCAACACAAAACAUUAUUGCGAAAUCCUGUCAAGAGCAAUCGACAACAAAAUGCCCCCGCCGCAGUCAGGAGUCACGUUCAAGGAUGAUGUCCUGGAUGUCAUCAUGGAGAGGAGACAAACUCGGAACCGUGAGAUGGAGCAAAUAGCUGAAAACACCAACAACCCCGACAUGCUCGAGUCCACCUUCCCUGCUCAGCUCACCCGACGAUACACAUUGGUCUUCAAGCCGAGGACGUCAACCCCGGAUAACCCUGUCAAGGCACUGGCCGUACGACAGGUUCGAGGUGACCACCUCGGUCAUCUGAUCACUAUCCGUGGCAUCGCUACCAGAGUAUCAGACGUCAAGCCAAUUGUCCAGGUCGGUGCAUACACUUGUGACCGCUGCGGCUGUGAGAUCUUCCAGCCUGUCAACGACAAGUCGUAUGCUCCUCUCACCAUGUGCCCGUCUCAGGAGUGUAAGGAAAAUCAGUCCAAAGGACAGCUCUUCCAAUCAUCCCGCGCUUCCAAAUUCUUGCCUUUCCAGGAGGUCAAAGUACAGGAGAUGGCUGAGCAGGUGCCAAUCGGUCAGAUCCCCCGGACCUUGACCAUCACGUGUUACGGGAGCACAGUGCGACAGGUCAACCCUGGUGACGUGGUUGACAUCUCUGGUAUCUUCCUUCCUACUCCGUAUACGGGUUUCCAGGCCAUGCGUGCUGGCCUGUUGACCGACACCUACGUCGAAGCGCACUACAUCGCCCAGCACAAAAAGGCCUAUGAACAGAUGGUUAUCGACGACAGACUGCUUCGCCGCAUCGAGAAGUUCAGCCAAUCUGGUGCCGUCUACGAAAUGCUGGCCAAGUCUAUCGCUCCUGAGAUCUAUGGCCACCUCGAUGUCAAGAAGGCUCUGCUUCUCUUACUGGUUGGUGGUGUAACCAAGGAGAUGGGCGAUGGCAUGCGCAUCCGUGGUGAUAUCAAUAUCUGCUUGAUGGGUGACCCUGGUGUUGCCAAAUCCCAGCUUCUCAAGUAUAUCUCCAAGGUCGCACCACGAGGUGUUUACACUUCUGGCCGAGGUUCCAGUGGUGUCGGUCUCACAGCAGCUGUGAUGCGCGACCCUGUCACUGAUGAAAUGGUGCUUGAAGGCGGUGCUCUUGUCCUAGCCGACAACGGUAUUUGCUGUAUCGAUGAGUUCGACAAGAUGGACGACAAUGACAGGACAGCCAUUCACGAAGUCAUGGAACAGCAGACCAUUUCUAUUUCCAAGGCUGGCAUAUCAACAACUCUCAAUGCCCGAACUUCUAUUCUUGCCGCUGCGAACCCUAUCUACGGUCGAUACAACCCAAGAAUCUCUCCAGUCGAAAACAUCAACCUCCCUGCUGCCCUUCUGUCCCGUUUCGAUGUUCUAUUCCUUCUUCUAGACACCCCCACACGCGAUGGCGAUGCCCAGCUCGCUAAGCACGUUGCAUAUGUUCACAUGCACAACAAGCAUCCCGAUCUUUAUGCCAACAACCCCACCUCAGCGGCCGCCAACAGCUCUGGCGAGGUACCAAACGUUGUCUUCACACCGCAUGAGGUCCGAGCCUACGUCGCAAAGGCACGAACAUACCGCCCAACGGUGCCGGAGUCCGUGACUGAAUACCUCACCAAGACAUACGUCCGUCUACGAAAGGCCCAAAAGAUCGCCGAGCAAAAAGGCCAAAACUUUGCACACACAACACCUCGUACGCUGCUCGGUGUCGUUCGCUUGGCGCAAGCAUUGGCUCGCCUGCGAUUCGCCGACUCUGUGGAUCAGGAUGAUGUCGAUGAGGCUCUCCGCUUGGUCGAAGCUAGCAAGGAGAGUCUGGCUGCACAUGAAGGUCCUCGUAAGCGUGGCAGAGAUGCCAACACCAGAAUCCUGGAGCUCGUCAAGGGCUUCCUAGAGAGCGGCGCUUGCCGGCCUGAUGAUGUCGAUGACGACGAUGAGGACGUUGCUGUCGAAUUGAGCUUGCGUAAGGUCAGAGAAAGAGUUCUUGCCAAGGGCUUCACAGAAGAUCAAUGGUUGACUGCUCUGGAUGAAUAUGCUAGCAUUGACGUUUGGCAAACAGCUGGCAACGGUUCGAGAUUGGUGUUUAUCAAUGCAGGCGGCAACGACGAUGACGAGUAGACCUCAAAAACAUGAUAUCCUGGAGUUGAGGAUGGUUUGGGUGGUAACAAUGCUUGGAUUUGUUACGGCGUUAUGGAUAUCCGUGUUCGUCUUGCUUGAAACGGAGACUGGUCGUAUAUACAAGUCCUGUACUAGAAUAUGCAUGGUGGUGAAAAUGCUGCCAUUAAUGAAAGUCACAUUCGUAUACAAAAAA